AGUGCUGCCCCCUCCCGCUCCCUCUCCCUCCGUCUGACUGUUGUCUUUAAGAUGGCGGCCGCGCUCUCCGUCUCUUCCUCUCCUCCGCUCCCGAUGCAGUCUGCCAAGUGUUUACCUCGGAUUACCUUUGAGGCGAAUGCGGCCUUUUUGGGCAAGUGAAUGGGGACUUUCUGAUGCUUCGAAGUUUUGGAACUUUACCGAACGUUGGAGUUUUAUAAAUUGGACAGUGCUUUUGAUUUCCUAUUUAUGAAAGGCUCCUUUUUUUUUAUAUAUAUAAACCAGUAUACCACUGCUUUUCUUCCACCUUGUCCGCUUCCUGGGAACGUUUGAAGUUCUGGUGAGAGAGAGGGAGAUUGGCUUUGAAUUGGAAAACGUCAAUGCUAUGGUGAACUGCUUUUUUCUUCCGGGAAAUCUUUUUUUGUUAUGUGUGGAACUGGUUCAACACAGAGAUAAGGGGUAACACUCUGUGGAUAUUGGGAGUCAUCAGCCAUGGUAAAACUUGCAAAUCCGUUGUAUACCGAAUGGAUUUUGGAGGCAAUCCAAAAAGUUAAAAAGCAGAAACAGAGACCCUCCGAAGAAAGGAUUUGCAAUGCUGUAUCCUCAUCCCAUGGAUUAGACAGAAAAACUGUCCUGGAACAACUGGAGCUGAGCGUAAAAGAUGGGACAAUCUUAAAGGUUACAAAUAAGGGACUUAACUCCUACAAAGAUCCAGACAAUCCAGGGCGGAUUGUACUCCCCAAACCUCGGAAUCAAUCAAAGUCAGAUGCUAAACACAGUGUUGACUGGAAUAAACUUCUCAAAAGGGCAAUUGAAGGUUUGGCAGAGCUCAAUGGGUCAUCAUUGAAGAACAUUGAACGAUUUCUGAGAGGUCAGAAGGAUGUGAUAGCAGUGUUUGGAGCUGGUGCCUCCUCAGCCCUCCACCAGCAGCUGAGGCUGUCUCUGAAACGCGCCAUAAGCCACAGCAGGAUCAUCAAGGAUGGGCCCUUGUAUCGGUUGUCGCGUAGCAAAUCAGGUGGAGAUAGUAAGCAGGGACAUGAGUCGAUCGCCUGCCUCCCACCGGUUAGCCUCCUGACUCAUGAAAAGGACAAGCCCCGUGCAGAGCCAAUUCCAAUCUGUGGGUUUUGUCUGGGUACAAAGGAACAGAAUCGGGAGAAGAAACGUGAGGAACUAAUUUCGUGUGCAGACUGCGGUAAUAGUGGUCACCCGUCCUGUUUGAAAUUCUCUCCAGAACUAACAGCUCGUGUGAAAGCCUUACGAUGGCAGUGUAUUGAAUGCAAGACGUGCAGCACCUGUCGGGACCAGGGGAAAAAUGCUGAUAACAUGUUGUUCUGUGACUCAUGUGAUCGAGGGUUUCACAUGGAGUGCUGUGACCCACCUCUCACCAGGAUGCCGAAAGGCAUGUGGGUGUGUCAGAUUUGUCGGCCACGAAAAAAGGGAAGAAAACUGUUACACAAGAAAGCAGUACAGAUUAAACGGCGCUACGCAACAGCAAUAGGGCACUCAAAAAACAGAUUAAAGAAGACAGUGUCAAAAGGUUCUCAGCCGUUCGACAAAGAAAAACAAUGUCCCGGUCGGGGUCGCAAACACAAAAUAUCAGCAAUCCCCUCAUCCAAGUCGGGACGGUUGGACGGACUGAGCACUUUGAACUCGCGAACCACCAAAUCUUCCCGCCUGAAAAUGAACAAGAAAACCAAAGGGCUCAUUGAUGGCCUUAGCAAAUUCUUCACCCCUUCGCCCGAUGGCCGCAAGCCACGGGGUGAACUCCUGGACUUAGCUGAGCAAUACAGGCUCAAGAAAAAGGGGCCACGAAAAUCAAGCACUUCUGACAGCAGCACAUGGCCCACAGACAAUCAGGACUCGUGGGGCUGCAAACUUGAAGAUGAAGACGACCAAUCGCUGAGCAAAGACAUUGUGACAGAGAAAGACUUGGACCUAUUUCAACAUGUUCAGGAACUUGCACUGGAGAAAGUUGGAGUCACUGGCCCACCCGAUCCACAAGUCCGCUCACCUUCUGUUAUUGAAUUUGGAAAAUAUGAGAUCCAGACCUGGUAUUCCUCUCCAUAUCCCCAGGAAUACACCAGGCUGCCUAAGUUAUACUUAUGUGAAUUUUGCCUCAAGUACAUGAAAAGCAAAAGCAUUUUGCAGCAACACAUGAAGAAAUGUAAUUGGUUUCACCCGCCUGCAAAUGAGAUUUACAGGAAAGACAACAUCUCCGUGUUUGAAGUGGAUGGAAACAUCAGUACCAUAUAUUGCCAGAACCUGUGUCUACUGGCCAAACUCUUCCUUGACCACAAGACACUGUACUAUGAUGUGGAGCCCUUCCUCUUCUAUGUGUUGACACAAAAUGACAGCAAAGGCUGCCAUCUCGUGGGCUACUUCUCCAAGGAGAAGCAUUGCCAGCAGAAGUACAAUGUGUCCUGCAUCAUGAUUCUUCCCCAGUACCAGAGGAAGGGAUAUGGAAGGUUCCUCAUUGACUUUAGUUAUUUACUAUCAAAGCGGGAAGGCCAGGCUGGAUCGCCAGAGAAGCCGUUGUCUGACCUGGGCCGCCUCUCAUACAUGGCGUACUGGAAGAGUGUGAUCUUGGAGUGCCUUCACCAAUGUCAUGACAAGCAACUCAGCAUCAAGAAGCUGAGCAAGUUAACAGGGAUCUGCCCCCAGGAUAUCACCACAAUACUGCAGCAUCUAAAGAUGUUACAGUUACGCAACGACCGGUUUCUGGUCAUUCGUCGGGAGAAGCUGAUUCAGGAGCACAUGGCAAAGCUUCAAGCUAAUCCACGACAGAUUGAAGUCGAUCCUGACAGUUUACGCUGGACGCCUCUGAUCUUUUCAAACACUGUUGUGUCUGAGGAAGAGGAGGAUGAAGAUGAGGAAGAUGAGACUCCAGCAUUAAAGACUGAAAACACCAAUGAGUUAUGGGAUAAGAAGGAACCCAAUGGUUACGUACCAUUCCAGAACGGCAGGCAAAUAGCAGCAUGCGCAACAACAUGCAAAGCUCGACAGGACAGUUCUGUGGAAGGUCUUAUGCCGAAUGGCGAGAACAAGCGGAAGCAUUUCAGCGAGAGCAGUGAGGAGGAGGAGGAGGAGGAAGACUAUGAAGAUGAAGAAGGUGAUGACACGAGGCCAAGCUCUCCACCUGUACUCACAAAACCAGCACUGCGAGGAGUGAAGAGGAAGAGAGUGGUAACUCACCGGAAAAAACGUGGGCGCAAACGUAAGCUGCACAACAGCAGUGUUGUGACAGAGACCAUCUCAGAGACAACCGAGGUGCUGGAUGAACCGUUUGAUGAUUCGGACACAGAGCGACCAAUGCCACACCUCGAACCAACUUUUGAGCUGGAGGAGGAGGAGAGAAACGAGAAGGAACAUCGAGGUGGUCGCAUAUUCAGAAGUCUGACAUCUGGUGGUGUUGUACGAAAACGCACUUCCUCCCAGAGAAAGGCUACAGAAGAAAAUGGUGAUGCGAACACAGUUCAAGGAGAAGAUACGCUUGAACCUUUAGUCACUGUGAGGAAAGAUAAGGCUAAAGAGCCUUCCAUACCCAAACCUCCACCUGUAGUGUUGAAGCGCAAGAGAGGGUGGCCAAAAGGUGUAAAGCGUGGAACUAUCAAAUGGAAGAGAAAGCCAGGGCGCAAGCCAGGAUUCAAACUUGCCCGAUCAAAUGAGACCAUGGCAAAUGCAAGUUCUCCAUCGGCCAAUGUUGUUCUGAAACAAGGGCGUGUGAACCGUAGUGAGGAGAGGAGGAGCUCUGUUGCAGAGCCAAAAAUGGUGGACCUCCCAAUUGCUUACAAAAAGGAGGAUGAGGAGGAGGAGGAGGAGCUGGAGGAAGAAGUGCCAUGCGAUAUGCAGAGAACACCACAUGAUUCUCUCAGUCCGACACUUAAAAUUGAAGAGCAGGAGGCUGAGAAUGAAAAUGAGGAGAAAUCAGAAUCAGCUGAACAAGAAGGACAUACGGAUGAGGAACACGAGCAUGAGGAAGAAGAGGAGGAGGAGAUCAACCAGAAUGAUGACCAUGAUGCUGAUGAUGAGGAUGAAGGCCAUCUGGACUCUGAAGACAAAAAGGUUGAGGAAAGUGUAAAAGAGAGCGUGAAAGAGGAGUCUCCAAUACAGGAACCUUUUUUAGAGACAAGUACACUAGAUAAAAAUAUUGUGGGUGAAAAUGUGAUGGAUGCAGAUUCUGAAGAAGAACAAGCAAAUGAUACAUCGCUGGACUCUGAGCUUGUGCCACCUUCAGAUGAAGACCGUGUAGAUGAUCAAGAUAAUAAAGAGACAUUAAUCCCGGAGUUCAAGGAAGAAGAGGAAGAGGAGGAGGAGGAGGAAGAAGAGGAGGAUAUAUCGCAUAGUGAGCUGGAUCUAGAAACAGUGCAAGCUGUUCAAUCUUUAACACAGGAGACAAAUAGCGAGCAUGAUGGUGCUUACCAAGACUGUGCCGAGACCUUGGAAGCCUGCCAGAACUUGCAAAGCUAUAACCAAGCUGAAGAAAGUCCACAGAUUACCAUGGUGGAGGACUGCCAACACUCAGAACAUAACAGCCCCAUCUCAUCAGUUCAGUCACACCCCAGCCAGUCGGUUCGUUCAGUCAGUAGCCCAAGCAUGCCAGCCCUAGAGAGCAGCUAUACACAAAUAAGUCCUGAGCAGGGUUCACUGUCGGCUCCGUCAAUGCAGAACAUGGAGACAAGCCCUAUGAUGGAUGUCCCAUCUGUGUCUGACCAUUCACAGCAAGUAGUCGACAGUGGGUUUAGUGAUCUGGGCAGCAUUGAGAGUACAACAGAAAAUUAUGAGAACCCGAGCAGCUACGAUUCCACAAUGGGAGGCAGCAUAUGUGGAAAUAACACCUCUCAAACAAGCUGUUCAUAUAGUGGCCUGUCGUCUUCCAGCAGCCUGACCCAAAACAGCUGUGUGGUAACCCAGCAAAUGACAAGCAUGAACAGCAGUUGCAGCAUGAUGCAACAGAAUAACGUUGCUGCUACAGCCAACUGUAACAUGAAGUCUCCUCAGAGCUGUGCAAUUGACAGGCCUCCAAGCAACAACCAGCAACAGCAGCAACAGCAAGCACCACCACCACAACAACAACCCCAGCAGCAGCCUCCACCACAACAGCCCCAGCAACAACAGCCCCAACAGCAGCAGCAGCCACUGUCCCAGUGCAGCAUGAGCAACAGUUUCACAACAGCCCCCAUGACCCUGAUGGAGAUUCCAGAGCCCUCGAACACAAGUGGCAUGAGCCUCUAUGAGAGAAUGGGUCAGGGAGACUUUGGUGCUGCUGGCUAUUCACAGUCCACAGCCAACUUCAGCCUUGCCAGGCUUCAACAACUUACCAAUACCAUCAUGGACCAUCAUGCGAUGCCUUACAGCCACUCUGCUGCUGUGACUUCCUAUGCAACUAGUGUGUCUCUAUCUAACACAGGCCUAGCUCAGCUAGCUCCAACACCCCAUGCACUUGCAGGGACACCCCAAGCACAAGCCACCAUGACGCCUCCUCCAAAUCUCACGUCUCCAUCAAUGAAUCUGACUUCACCCCUCUUACAGUGCAACAUGCCAGCUUCCAACAUUGGAAUUCCUCACACACAGAGGUUGCAAGGCCAGAUGCCAGCCAAAGGUCACAUUUCAAACCGUUCCAAGUCUGCCCCACUGCCGGCUGCGACAGCCACCCACCAGCAGCAGAUCUAUGGCCGUAACACCCCUGCACUGGCGCAGCGAGCUCUUACGGUUCAGAGAGGGAUGAACAUGGGGGUGAACCUGAUGCCUGCCCCCACCUACAAUGUUAACUCCAUGAAUAUGAACACACUGAACGCCAUGAACAGUUAUCGGAUGAGCCAGCCAAUGAUGAACAGCAGUUACCAUGGUAAUGCGGCCUACAUGAACCAAACGGCCCAGUAUCCUAUGCAGAUGCAAAUGGGCAUGAUGGGAAGCCAGCCAUAUGGCCAGCAGCCUAUGCAGUCUAAUCCGCACAGCAACAUGAUGUACACAGGCCCCUCGCAUCACAGUUAUAUGAAUGCUGGCAUGCCCAAGCAGUCACUAAAUGCCCCAUAUAUGAGAAGAUGAGGGAAGAUCCUGUAGACACCAUAGAGAGCCAUUGUUUAUACUGACAACAGCAGACCUAAUGGAAAUUUCAAAUAGAAUGAUUGCUGUAGACAUAGGAAUUUCAUGAACUGCUUAGGGCCAUGUUCGGAGCGCCUUGGCCUUAAUUUCCCAGCCCCGAGAGAGAGAAAAAGGAAGAAAAAGAAAUUCUGCAACAGAAUUCAAUAAGAAAAAUGGUUUGAGGAACCAUGCACAAGAAAUCUUUUAAUUAAAAGAAGCCUUACUUAAUGAAUUGUGUAGAAAUGAAAAACUAUCUGCUUUUUAUAUUUUUAAUUUUUUUAAUCUUUCAGUUUGUGUGUGCAGUCCACAUUUUUUUAUAGUGUCCAUAGAUAUGAGACCCCCCCUCCCCCCCCCCUUGAGUGUGAGGACUGUCCAUGUCCCCAUUCAUUGACUUGGCACAGGGCAGGAGGCACUUAUCUCAGACUCUGCCUUGGUGAUAUUGUUGCAGAUGUGGCUGUAAUUUAUUGAUCUCACUGUAUCCCGUGCCAGUAGGUGAAACCGGAUCGCUUGUGCGCUUGUGGACUUCGGACCUUAAUGCCGAGGGCAACCCUUCUUUUCCCCGUUGGUAUUGAGUUUGACUCUAGCGCAGCAUGCAACAGGCCCAAGAGCAUUUUCAUGUAUGUUAUAACUAUGUUUUUAACAUUGCUUCUUGUGUCACUGCAAGCCAUUUCACUCGUACGCCUUUAUUUUUUUAUGAGAAUUGACAGUAUUUGUUCUGGCACUUUCGAAGGACAGCCCAGGGUCCUGAAACAUUUUAAGGCUUACUACAUUUAAUUUCCAAUUUAUUUUCUUAAAUAAAUCUCUCAAUCAUGAGAAAUCUAUUCAGAUUUGUCAGACUGUGUAUAUUUGGUUUCCCUGUAAGGGUAUUUAUCAGAUGAGAAAGAUAGCUAUGUUCAUAACUAAUUUAGUUUUUUUCUCCUUUGCUUUCCCCCCCAUAACCUCGGGCAGUUAAAUUGCUUCUAGACAGUAAGUGCAGAUUAGUUACUAAGUGGCACAGUUUUCUCGGGUGUCGCUUAGGGAAGAAAAGGAGCGCCUUGUACUGGCUCACUGCCUCUUAACAGCUAUUAAAGGUCCAUUAAGUAAUCAGAGUUCAGGUACCCUUGGGCUACUUCCCAGUGGGCACAAAUAAGGUGGGUUGUGAGUGUUUAAAAAAAAAACUGGGGAAUCGGAGAUGAGCUUAUAUUGGCGGGACAAAUGUGAGGGA